AUCAUUAUCGUCUGUAAGUUGUCCACGCUGUGUUGUGUAUUUGUGUAAUAAUGUGUUUUUAGUGUUUGGAUUGCUAUGGAUAAAGAUUUAGAAAAAGGCGAGCAAGAUGAAGACAUCCAGCCGUUACUCAAUCCAAGUGAGAGCGACCUCCUCCGAUUACGACUGCAGAGACCACGGUACCUGGGGCUGGGAGCUGGACUACAGUCCAAUCGUCCAAUACUCUCAAAGCUGUCAAUCCCCGACCUGACCCCAUCGUCCAUGGCGUCCACCGUGAACAGUACUCCCAACCUUGAGACCGGAGCCACCAUGUCCAAGCACUGGAGGAGAGGCGACCGCCGCCUGCAGAGACUCAACACUGAACUGCUGGAAGCCAUCGACGAACAUGAUAUGGAGACGGUAGAAAAACUCCUCAACGCGGGCGCCAGUCCAAACGCGACCUGCCGUCUGAGCCUGGUCUCCGCGUGCCACGUAGCCGCCCUCAUCGGAGGAGAUGCCUUAAGCCUGCUCAUAAAGUUCGGAGCCGAGAAGCUGAGGACCGACAAACUAGGAAGAACUCCUCUACAUCUGGCUGCGUUUGCUGGAAACGCAAGACAAGUUGCUGUGCUGCUGGACUUUCCUGAAGAUAUCCAAGAGAGGGUCGGCUCGGAGAGCAUGUCCUCAGACACGGAGGAAGAUGUGAAGAAGCUCUGCCCCACCAUUAGGGAGCUGACGAACGUGCGCUGUGACCUCGGUGAGGUCAACUCACAACUGCCGAAACCCUGGAGCGAUAACAUCGACCAUGACUGCAGGGAUAUAACGGGACUCCUACCAAUCUUCCAACCAGGCUGGACGCCACUGCACGUGGCCAGUUCUUGCGUCCGGCGCCACUGCACACGACUCCUGCUCGCUGCUGGUGCGGACCCUAACGUCACAGAUCUAGAAGGUCGCACGCCUCUGGACGUCGCUGGCUACGCGUAUUACUAUAACCAAAAUGUUGAUGAGAAGAACAUGAUAGAAGUAAUAAAGAUGCUUCUCAACGCUGGCGGCAGCUUCAAUACAAUGAAAUACAACAAGUUGAACAACCUGGACACUCCACUCCACACCGCCGUGGAGAUUGAGAGCUUGGAGACCAUCCAGUUACUCCUGGACGCGGGGGCUGCCGUCACCUGCCUCAACACGGCUGGACUGACUCCCUUCCAUGUUUGCGUCAAGAAACAUCUGGAUGAGCAUUUACAGCUCCUCGCAAACUACGACUACAUAAACGCGAAUCCGCUACUAGCUGUAGUGGAUGUGAAGGAUAAGGAAGGUCACUCGGUACUGCAGGCGGCGGUGGAGGCCGCCUGGGUGCCCGGAGUCUGCAUCGCGCUGGAGGCUGGUGCUGAUGUUACGUCCAAGGCUAACGACGGAGAAACUCCACUACACUCAGCGGCAACCCUCGGCAACGUCGAUGUACUCACAGAAAUACUCAGCAUAGCAAAACAGAGAGACGCUAUCGACUACCAAAACGAAGAAGGUGAAACAGCUCUAUACAAAGCCAUCAAAAACGGCCACGUUGAAUGCGUUAAGCAAAUACUCAAUGAAGGAGCUACACUUAAAAUAACCCUUCCAGGAAACGUUAAUAUACUCCAUGCAGCAGCUGACUACGGACAUCUAGAAGUACUAAGAGUUCUUCUAGAAUUUGACGAAGUAGUUACCGACUCUUUAAUUAAUGCUCUAACCGAACCAGAUACAAGAGGUUUUGGACCAAUACAUUACGCUGUCACAAACAAUCAUGCAGAAUGCGUAGAACUACUUCUAUCAAAGAAAGCUGAUAUUAGAUUAAGAACAACUUCAGUACCACAUAGAUCGUCAACUCCUUUACAUUUGGCCGCUGUCAAAAACCAUGUAGAUAUAGCGAAAAUUAUACUCAAGUUUGACAAAACAACUGUACAUGAAGUUAACAGUCUGGGCUGGUUUCCAUUACACACUGCCAGUCAUCACGGCAGCAGAGAUGUGAUAGCUUUACUUCUUAAAGAAGGGGCUGAUCUCUCAGGGUACACGGACGGUCCAAAGAAAAUGCGAAGAACAGCCAUCGAUAUGAUUAUAAACAAUCUGUCGAAACCAACGGAAUUCAUGGAAGAAGUGUUCGAUUCAUACAUUUCGAGUAACGGCCAAGAUUUGCAAGAUCAUAACUGUGAGGUGACUGUUGAUUAUGGAAUCUUAAUGCCAACGAUUUGUGAGAUGGCUCAAAUGAAGGUUAUAGAGACUCUGCUGAAAACUGGGAAUAGAUAUGGACAGAGGAGAUUGCUUGUCCAUCCGUUAGUCGAAAGCUUUUUGUUCCUAAAAUGGAAGGCGUUGUUGCCGUUCUUCUACACGAUUAUAGCUAUUUAUGGGAUUUUCUUGUCAUCUCUCACGAUAUUCAUUGUGUCAGUAUUCUUCUAUGUAGAUACGCACGACAGUCCACCGGCCUUCUUGAAUCCUGUUAUUUGGAGUUACUUCGUUUAUGCUUCGAUAUGUUUGAUACUUUUACAGGAACUUCUAUACAUGAACGUAAAGAGCAGUAGAUAUUUCUUACAUCUUGAGACCUGGGUGAAGUUCGGUUCCCUGGGCUUCGCAGUCAUCCUCCCAUAUGCCGUGGUGGUGGUCAACAUCCAGGAGCAUGAGUGGCCUCGCCACGUGGCUACUGUGGCCAUCCUGCUGUCUUGGCUGGAGAUGACCUUCCUCCUCUCCAGGUUUCCCAACUGGGGCUACUAUGUACUCAUGUUUGGGAAAGUCGCGUCGAAUGUUGUAAAGAUCCUUCUAACCUUCACCUUCCUGGUCAUCGGCUUCUCUCUCAGCUUCAUGAUCCAGUUCCACUCCCAAGUGCCCUUCGACGGGCCCUGGUCAGCCCUCGUCAAGACCAUAGCCAUGAUGACGUCAGAAUUCGAGUACGGAGACCUAUUCGACGAGGAACGAAAUGCAGAACUUGCCACGUCACUCAUCAUAGCCAGAAUAAUCUUCCUAAUAUUUCUGUUACUGGCUAGUAUUGUACUUAUGAACUUACUCGUCGGUGUGGCAGUCAAUGAUAUCAAUGAUUUAGAAGUAUUAGGUAAUAUUAGGAGGCUAGUAAAGCAAGUAGAGUUCUUAGGAACAUUAGAUACCCUAGUAUAUAACAGAGUAUUUAAGCUGAUGCUUCCAAAGAAAGUGAAUACUAGAUUAAAGAAUAAAAGAAAUGUAUCGCGUGUGAUGAUAUUAAAACCGGGGAAACCAAGAUGGGGGCAGUCUAGAACUUUACCCUCAAAAAUCAAAGAAUCCAUAUUCAACAAAGCCCAAAUGAUGAAAAAACAGAUCGAGGACGAAAUCGGCUUUAAAGCCUUCAAUACCAAAUUAAAUGAAAUGCAUGAUGUGAUAAUGAUGUAUAAUAAAAUAAGAAUGGAAGAGCUCGCUAAACCUAAAGAACCAGAAAAAGAAGUAGAUAUAUCUAAACCUAAGUCUACAAGUCUGGCUGCGCAUUUGAAUGACUUGGAUGAUGCGGUGGAGACCUUGAAACAUCAAAAUGUAGUUUAUGUUCAAGAGUCGAGGGAAGCUGUAAAUGUUCUGAAUACGAAGUUAGAUGAAGUAUCUAAUGAACUGAUGGGUAUUAAGCAGUUUUUGGUCAAGUUAGAGAGUAAGCUUGAAGGAAGUAUUUAUAUUGAUUGAUAUUUUUAAAUAAACGUUAUUACUAAUUCAA